AUGUCCCUCGACAAAACGACUACAGAGCGCGCCAUCCUCUACCAGAGUCCGCUUUGGAUGGCCGCCGUCGGCUGGGUCAUGCUGACGGGCCGACUGGGCCACUGGGGCGAUGCUGAGCUGCUGGUCUUCUCGUCGGCGGUGUCGGUGCCGAGCGUCAUCUUUCCCGCCUACAUGGUCCGGCGCGACUGCCCGUCGACGCGCAAGCAGCCCCUGCACCAGCGCUACUGGCUCAAGCUCAACCUGUGGGUCUUUGUCGUCGUCUGCUGGGGCACCUACUUUGGCACGCACUACUUCUUCAACCUCAUGGGGAUGCGCUACCGCUUUGCCAACACCAGGCUGACGCUCGACUCGCCCGUCCUGGGCGCCGCCAACAACGGCCAGACCGUGCCGCUGUUCAUGUAUCCCCUGACCCACGCCUACUUCAUGACGUACUUUGUCGUCAUGCUCAGGGCCGAACGACUCGUCCGGGACCGCGUGCUGCCUCGAUCGCUGCGGCGCACGGUCGUCGGCAAAGGUCUCGUCGUGCUCGUCGUGUCGUACUCGACGGCCUACCUCGAGACGUUCUUCAUGGCUGCCGACGUCUUGUCCGAGUACUUUUACUAUCUCGACAGGGCGAGGAUGCUGCGCCUGGGCUCGCUGGGGUACGCCAUGUAUUUCGUUGCCGGGCUGCCGAUGGUGAAGCGGAUCGACGCGGACGGCGGGCGCUGGGACUUGGGCAAGACGAUGGUGGAAGCCGCUGCAACUUGCAUGGCGAUACAGCAAAUCGGUCCCCUCGUUGGCGAUGCCCUCGUACCUGCUCAGCUCGUGCCUCCGCAGCGCGAUGUUCCAGGGGAAACUGGAAUGCGCCACUCCCAUGAAGGCGCUGGCGCGGAACAUGACGAGGAAGUCCACCAGGGCCUGCUGGUCGAAGGGGAGGCUGUCGAUGAUGGUCUUGUCGGGCAGCAGAUCGUGCUUGGUCACGACGGUGAUGUUCCGUCCCCUGUACGGGCCGGGCCUGUCGAUGCUGCUGCUGUCGACGUCGACACGCCUGGCGAGCUCCCGCCGGAACAGUUCCACCACCGUCAUGUUGCCGGACGCGACGUAGACGACGUUGAGGUUGGGGAACCGCGCCAGGUUUUGGAACUGCUCCUGGAACUGGUCCUCCAUGUUGGAGAAUCGCCAGCCGUCCUCGGGGGCCCAGGCCUCGACCGCGUCCUUCUCCAACCGCAGGUGCGCCCCGUAGUAGGCGUCAGGAUUGAUGGGCCGGCCGGGGUCGAUCGGGAGGCCGAACUUGUUUCUCAUCUCCAGCAGGACCUGGGCGGCCAGGUCGCGGGUCUCGUGGCGGAAGGACAAGAUCUUGCCGUAUUCGUUGGCGAAAUCCGGCCCGUCGUCCCGCACUGGAUACUCGAGGAAGGCCUGGUCGAUCUUGACGUGCACGGGCUUCUCGCGGCUGACGCGAACCCCCUGACCAUCGAGCCAGCCGUCAAAGGAGCGGCGCCACUCGCGCGGGUGCCGGAUGCCCUCGGGAGGAUGGUCCGGCUCGAACUGAUCACCGACCAGCGUCAGGUUCUGGGGGAGCCUGUCGCUGUAGUGAGGGAGCUGAUCCUCGGCGUCGUAGAUGGGCAUGCCUGGACACGCGGCAGUGAGGUGCUGGACAAAGGCGUGGCGGUCAAACAGGUACUCCAGGGGCGCCUCGUAGACGGUCUCGAUGUCGCUGAUGUCCUUUGGGUUCCUCUUGGACAUGGACGGGACCACGAUGGCUGCGCCGGCGUGCAUCGCAUAUCGUACGCACUUAAGGAUCUGGUUCCGCACCAUGCCGACGCCGCCGUGCUGCCCCUCACAGGUGAACAGCAGGCCGUCUCUGAAGCCGCCGUUGCGAGCGCAUGCCUGUUGGAUGGGCGCGUAGUUGAUCGGCGAGGGGAACUCGACGGCGGCGGCUUGGGUUAUAAAGUCGGCGUCCGUCGGCCUUCGACUGUUGGCGUCCAAGAUGAACAGAAGCCCAAGCAAGGUUGGGUGAGAGUCGUCAAGCAGCGCCCAGCACCAGAUGACAACGAGUGGAAGGGCGAGGCAGAAAGCCACCCAUGGACGCUCUGGAAACAUGCUGCUGCUGCUGCUGCUGCUGCUGCUGUCUUUUCUGAUGGGUUCACCACGAUCCUUCACCAGGACGUCAAAGUAGAGAUCGUCCCGCAGCGGCAUUCCGUUCUCGGGCUCUCCGUACGGCCACGGCCUCUUCUCGGCGGUCCUCGAGUAGCCCCUCCGCUCGUACCAGGCGAUGAGCUCCUCGCGCGUCCAGAUGACCGUCAUUUCCAUGCGGCCGACGCCCCACGUGUCCUUGACGUACUGCUCGGCCCUCUGCAGGACCGUCUUGCCCAGGCCGCCGCCCUGCCUCUCCGGGUCGACGGCGAAGAGGCCAAAGUAGGCGACCUGGCGCGAGUCGUCGCGGCACACCACCUCGCAGCAGGCCACCGGCUCGUCCGAGCCGGCAGGGAAGGCCAUCAGCACGGCGCCCAGCGGCGCGUUGAUCUUGGAGAGGAGCCCCGCCGCGUCGAUGCGCUGGCCGGCCACCAGGUCGGCCUCCGUGGUCCAUCCCUUGCGGCUCGGCUCGCCGCGGUAUGCGUUUUGUACGAGUGGUUGCAGCGCUGGGAGGUCGCUUGGGGUCGCUUUGCGUAUGUUCAAUGA